UGAGUUUUGAAUGUGAUCCAAACGCCUCCGAAUGCACCUUCACGGUAACUUUGUCCAUGCAGCUAUUGCGUAAAUUUUUUUAUGUAAAACCUCUUUUAAAUCACUCUAAAGAAUCGUUUGGAAGUAAACACUGAAAAAGGAACGUGUUUAAGUGAGAGGAAAUCUUCUUUCUCAGCAGCUGGCAUAGAUUCGUGAAACAGUGCAAUGUUUUUCUCCAGCUAUGUCGAGUUUCAGAUUUUCAUCAUGUUGUUUCUCAUGUUUAAAAAAGCAGAUGGGUCAUCCGCAGCUGACAUGAAAUGCGAAAUUAAGUCCUCCUGUUCUGGAGGAUGCGAAUCUACGGAACCGAUGACGGUAGAUCCAGACUCCAAUGUAACCCUCAACUGUUCAAUCACAGAAAGACUGGAACUAGGCAUGACGUGGAAGCGUUUGGCAAACCGCACCAAUUCCUCAGAGUUGUAUCUCUAUCACUGGAGUUCGAUAAAUAAUAAAAACUAUUCAUGUGUAUGUACCGCGAUACUUUUCACACAUGCCCUUAAAAUUUACGAUGGUUCAAGUUCGCCAAAUGAUAUUGUCCAAGGCAAAGAAACCAGUAUAGAAUGCGUUUUCUCCGGUUGGCCUCUUCCCACUAUUGUGCAUUGGUUCAAGGAAGAGAAACUGAUCACUAACGGAACGGACGGUAUUUAUCACUCAGUGGAGAAAGAGGGAAAUAAUCUCCGGAGCACUCUCUACUUUCCGAGUGGCCAAGAAGAUCAAGAAGGGCUUUACAAGUGCAAUGCCACCAACAGUAUCCCUGGAUGGUCGAGUUGGGCGGCUUACGCGAUAGAGAUGCUUUUAUUGUGUCCCUCGGCACAAGGUCCAAUCGUAUCUUCCGAUAAGAUUCUUGCCAGCGCUUUUUCUAAUAUCAACCUGACAUGUCGGUCUGGUUUUGAUGGCAAUUGUCCUCAUGAGGUACUAUGGCUCAAAGGAAAUAACACGGCGUAUUUGGAAAAUGCCAAAAAGUACAGUUCAGAAGAAAGAGAAACGCAUACUAGGUGCAAGAAUGAGUACGUCCUUUUUAUUUUCAACGUCACGAAGGACGAUGAAGGGAGAUACACUUGUCAUUGGGAAUGCGAUGAAGACAUCAAGACAGCUGUAAUUGACUUGAAAGUAUCUGCUGAUUUUCCUACAAUAGAUACCGCAACUCAGUCAAACAUAAUUUUAGCUUCUCCUUCUCACGAGGGAGGUCGACAAAAAUGGCUGCUGCCAAUCAUCAUUCUAUCAGCAGUUAGUGUAGCCGUCAUUUUCAUGUCAGUCCUGCGGUUUGGUUUCAAGAAAAAAAGGACAUCUUCUUAUAAGAUACAAAGACUAGAAGGCAUCAAAGAAGGAGACCUCAUAAAUCGACUGUUUAUCAGCUUCAGCUCAAAAGACUUGGCCUGGGUCAAUGAGAACCUCAUUUCAAUUUUUGAGAAGCACUCCAUAGCUUACAGCAUUCACAGCCGGGACUUUGAGCUUGGGAGGCCAAUCGUCCAAAACAUGGCGGAUAAUGUGUAUGGCAGCCGUCAGGUUUUGAUCGUUUUAUCCCAGAAUUACCUCGCCAGUAAUUUCUGCCGGGAGGAGCUGCACAUGGCUGUCCAGAGGGGGAUAGACUCGGGAGACUCGUCACUAAUUCUUGUGAUGAUCAACAGCUUGAAGAAAAAGCAACUACCGGCCGCUCUGAGAAAUAAGAAAAUGUUGGACUUUGACAAACAUAAGAAGAAACAAGAUUGGGAGGAGAAAAUACUGGGCGAGAUAAUAGAAGGAAAAACUAUGAUUAUUUAGAAGCUAGCUGCAGCUCUGUUCAUGCCCUCGACUCGCAUGAGGUUUUAUUUCAUUACUUUAAGGGUGAAAAGGAUUGCAUCUAAUUGGUUUUUGUUUUAGCUAUCGUCUUCUCGACCAUCAUAUCAAAAAGGAAUUGUGGUCGUUUUGCCUACGAGUCGUUUCGCUAGCGACCAGUAGGCUAACGUCUUAGGUCGUUUCGCCAACCUCACAGUUUAUUUUGCUAACGUGGCAUAGGUCGUUUCGCUAACGUUUCAGGAAGUUUCUCUCGUCUGUCUAGUUUUACUUUCUUCUAACCAGCGACAAAUGAACUGUUGUAUCGCAAACAUACGAGUAAGAUCAGCCAAAAUGGACUGGGGUCGACCUGUUAAGGUCCUCUCAAGAACACUUUAUCGGUGUAUUGAAUCGACUUAUGUUUGCCUUGAUUCGACUCGUAUCGAACCGACUUUCAGUUUGUACUGAGACAAGCUAACUCCCCUCGGUUUCUUCGGUCGAUUAGAAGUCGAUCAAGCUCAAAUUCUGGAAUCACUAAACGUUUUUUAUUAAGUUAGCGAAACAACCUAGGGGACGUUCGCUAAGUUAGCGAAACGACCUGAGACGUCAGCGAACUAGUCGUUAGCAGAACGAAGGCGAAACAGCCGGUUACAGUGCAAAGCUAAAAUCGAAUUAAACUCCUAAAGCUAGCCUUAGCCCCAAUUGGCAGAUGAAAUUUCUACAGCGUUAGUUUAAAGACAGUCAAAGGAAAAGCACUCAAAGUAGUUGUAUUUGAUUUAGUACCGAAUAACUUUUGCUUAGCCUUAAAAAUCAUGUUUCUGCGCGAUAGUGAACUUUCAUUUGGUAUUGGUCUUCCAUUGUAUUAGAUGGGAAAGCAGAUGUUAAAGUACGUUCCUGCUUUUCGUAUCAUGAAUCAAUGCGAAAAAGCUGUAAAAAAUCGCUCUCAAUUAGUCGCUGUGUUGUUAAAAGUUGAUAGAAAUGUUGUUGAAA